AUGGCUAUCUUACAACUCGUUCCUGCUACCAAGCUCAGCGCGUUCUACAACCCACACUAUGCCAUCCUGACACUCGGCGCUUCUGGCGAAAGUGAUUUCCCUAGAUUUGCCAUCAAAUUUGAGCGCCGCAUCAUCCUUGGCGGUCUCCUGUUUGACCUCAAUGCUUGGGUGGAUCCAGUUCGCACUGGACCAGUCGAACCGUAUGAGAAAUCCCAAGACUUUCGGAUACCAAAUUUGAGGGUCGUCUGCCCGGACAACAAGGUUCUGAUCAAGACUGCCAAUCAACCCCAAGGAGAGCUGGUCGAAAUUACCUGGGGCGGCUUGAACCCCCCUGAUCCACCAAAAAGUGAGGUAAAUGGCGCCUCGAGCACUGGCCAAGGGAAAGGAGAUCAGGUGGCUAGACAACCUCAAGUAAUUGACCGCGAAGUGGAAACCAUCACCGUUUUCUGGGGGCAAGACUUCGCGAUCAAGGCCACCCCACCGAUCUCCCCCGAAGGAUCGCUGGAUGCAAAGUACGAGGCAACCGCACUGGCCCUGAAGAGCGCCAAAAUCCAAUUCGGCAACCUCGAAUGGACUUUUGCUGCUCAACAAGUCGGCACCACUUACAUUGUUGUCGAAUCCAGCCGCGACUUCGGCCUACUCAUCCGCACUUACUACAAGAUCGACGUGAUUGUGCUCGAGGAUGCGGCAGCCGCCACUAGGAUCGUCGCCGGAAACACCAAGGACGACAAGGAGGACGAAGAUCUCAGUUUCCGCGGCCGCGUCAAGGUCGCUACAGCGAUCGUUCGACGAACCGCGCCUGAAGCCGAGCUCUUGAUCGUGAAAGCUAAGCUUCCCCCGCACAUCGUAUUUCCCGUAGACGAUCCGAACUACUUAUCCCAUCUCCUCUGCUAUUUCAGCACUAAAGAUGGCAGUGCAAGAAUUCACUCCCCUGGCAGAAACGUAUGGCUGCCUCCUGUCUUCAGCAAGGAUCCCAUUCUUGGCGCUCAGCCCUUUGACAUCGAGAAGGACGUGCCCAUUGAUAUUGUGGGAGCUGUUCGGAAGAUCAAGGACGCUAAGAUCGCUCCGUGGUUCUUCGGUGCCACAUUGAACAAGCCGCUCACGGAGCCGAGCGUACAGCCCAAGGAGCCUAGCUAUAGCUUUGAGAUGCGGAACGCUACUACAGUGUCGGUUGGGGCACAGACAGGGGAGGUGACUGUCUCUCCGGGACCCUUGGUUCCAGCGCUUGCAAAAAAGGCUUAA